AUGGCAGGGAACAGAGCUCUGCUCCUCCUGGGUGAGUCUCAAGCCCUUGUCCUUGCUGAGACAGCCCUGCUGACCCUGGACCCACCCUGGAGCAUGAUACUUCCAGGAGACAGCAUGACCCUUAGGUGCUGGGGCUCCCAUUCGCUGCGGCAGCACCCCACAGCUUGGUACAAUGGCAAGCUCUUGGCACCCACAGACAUGGACACCUACAGGAUCAGAAAUGCCAGGCAAAAACAAACGGGCAACGAGUGCCAGAGCCUUGGCUCCACACACAGCAACCACGUCACCCUGACUGUCUCCUAUGUGCCCCUUCCAGCUGCUGCUCUCGGGGUCUCUUUCGGACUGGCUGAUCUCCGGGUCCUGUCGUACAUGAUGUUCAAGGGGGAACUGCUGCCCAUGCAGUGCUGGGGAUGGGUUGGGGGGGACACAUCUUCGGUGCGGUAUUACAGAAAUGGAGCUGGGAUC